AUGUUGGUUCAAAAACAUUUUGACGAUUCUCGAGCAAGAUCAUGUGGUGAUGAUGAACUUGCUCUGAUUUUCUUUGCAGGUUCCAGCUCCGCCGUCAAUCUCACAUGGCCUGAUCGCUUUUACUCCACCGUUGAAUCCGAGUCUGGAGAGAAGAUCAUCAGCUAUUUUAAUCUCUCCUCCGGCAAGAAGAAUUGCCAUGUCGUUCCUCUCCCGCCUGUGAUCUUCUCCUCCUCGAAUCUGCUUCGCGAUGGAUCCUAUUCCGAUCUGUUUGCUUUUAUUGGCGACGGCGAUCUCGAAUUGUGCUGCUAUAGCAUGAAAUCUGAACCUAAGGUCCAUGUGGACGCCGAUUUUCGCUCGGCGUUGGUGACUCAGUCGUUGUACACGCAGAAAGGCGCUAAUCAGGCACCGAAUUAUUUUCCGAUGAAUCUUUAUAAGACUGCGGUGACAGCCUCUGGAAGGGACUCACUGGUUUUCGAGUUGGAAGUUGACUCAAAGCUUGAUUACAUGCUCUGGUUCCACUUUUCUGAGAUUGAUUCCACCGUGAACAAGGCUGGGCUAAGGGUAGCACCAAUACUCAGUGGAUUUGAGAUUUACGCCAUUGUUCCUGCUGAUAUUACCACCGUGCCUGAACAAGCACUCAAGUAUUCACUAGGUAUUCCUGCUAAAAUGGGUUGGAACGGUGAUCCAUGUGCCCCUAUUAGCUGGGAAGCUUGGGAAGGAGUUAGCUGCUCUCCACAAGGAGACAGUUUCGUCAUCUCCCAAAUAAACAUUGGAAGCAAGGAAUUGAAAGGACUUGUUAGUGAGCAAAUUGCCUUGCUGAAAAAUCUGCAGAAAUUCCUAUCUAGCCAGGGGGUUGUGUGGUAUUGGCAACCCGAUUCUUCCACCUUGUCCGGCGUCCUACAUUUUGGGAUACGAGUAUCUAGGAAUAACAUUGGCUGUGAUAAGUGGAGUUGUGCUGCUCUUCAGUUCCACUCCCUUAAUAAUUCGAAUCCUCGAAAGAAUGAAUCCACCCUCCCGUAUGGUCAGUUUCGGGUAAUUCUUGCAAUCUUCUUGGCUGGGUUCAGCAUCGCGAGAGUGAACUUGAUGGUCUCGUUCGUGCCUGAGAUCGUGUUGGAUGCUAAUGAAGAUCCCUCGACCCUCGGGUGUGAUAAAGUCCUUGGAAUGCAUGUGGAUCUUGGUGCACUACUUGCUCACGUGGUUCCUAUCUACACUUAG